UGUCUUCCUCUGGCAUUUAAAAGUGGUGGGCACUGUCAUUUAAACAAGAAUCCAUAUUCCCAUCGUCAUCUUUAUCUCACCGUUCCGGAUCUUUCUACUUAUCUUUUUUAGCUGUGUUUGAUGUAAUGCAGCUUGGUUAACCUUAUAUUUUUAUGGGGAAGAAGGGGGGGACUUCAUGGUUGACUGCUGUGAAAAGGGCUUUUAGAUCUCCUACUAAAGAGAGUCAUGACAAAAGAAGUAACAGAAGAAAGGAAGAACCUGACCAGCAAGAAGAAGAUGAAGAAAAGAAGAGAGAUAAGCGAAGGUGGAUCUUUCGUAAACCCGCAAGUCAAGAAACCGUGACGCAACAAACAACAGUGAAGGCUUCAGGUAAUGGUGCAGGUGCAGCAACUGAUUGUGCUACUGUGGCAACAGCAGAGCGAAGGCAUGCUAUUGCUGUGGCGGUGGGUAAGGCAACGGCAGCUGAGGCUGCUCUGGCUACGGCACAGGCGGCUGUACAAGUGGCUCAGUUCACUAGACCUUCCAAUUAUGCUAGAGGACACCACUAUGCUGCCAUUGUUAUUCAAACAGCUUUUAGAGGCUACCUGGCAAGGAGAGCUCUUCAUGCACUGAAAGGAUUAGUGAAGUUGCAAGCUUUAGUAAGAGGUCACAAUGUGAGAAAGCAAGCCAAGAUGACACUCCGGUGCAUGCAAGCUCUGGUUAGAGUUCAAGCUCGGGUACUUGAUCAAAGAAUGAGGCUCUCGGAUGAUGGAAGAAGAAAAUCCGCUUUUAGCGAUACAAAUAGCGUGUUGGAAUCACGGUAUCUUCAAGACAUUUCGGACAGAAGAUCACUAUCAAGAGAAGGAAGUAGCAUUGCAGAUGAUUGGGAUGAAAGGCCAAACACAGUUGAGGAAGCCAAAGCUAUGUUACAACACAAAAAAGAAGCUGCUUUGAAGCGUGAAAAGAACUUAUCCCAGGCAUUAUCUCAACAGAUGCGGAGAGCUCGUAGGAGUCCGUCAAUGGGUGGUGAAGAUAAGCUUGAAGAUAGGCCAAAAUGGCUUGACCGUUGGAUGCCUGCUAAGCCUUGGGAUAACAGAGGAAGAGCUUCAACAGAUCAAAGAGAUCCUGUCAAAACUGUAGAAAUGGACACUUCCCAGCCUUACUCAUAUUUAGCACCUAAUUAUCGAAGAACCAUCUUAAACCAAUAUCACCAACAUCAACCCCAAAAUCAAAGGCCUGGUUCACCUCUACAUAGAGCUCAACAGAAUGCUCCCCCUAUUACACCCUCUCCAUCCAAAACCCCGCCUAUUCAAGUUCGGUCCGCGAGCCCUCGUUGUCUUAGAGAAGAUAGAAGCUCAGUUUCAUCUCAAACACCAAGCUUAAGGUCCAAUUACUAUUACACUGGCAGGGUUGGUACUCAUACUAGUGGUAGUGGCAAUAAUGCUGCUAUAUUGCCUAAUUACAUGGCAGCAACUGAGUCUGCAAAGGCUAGAAUCAGGUCUCAAAGUGCACCAAGGCAGAGGCCAUCUACACCAGAGAGGGACAGAAUCGUUUCAGCCAGGAAACGGCUAGCAUUUCCAGUCCCAGAACCUUAUGGUGUUGGGAUGGGAUAUGGAGGUUGUGGUCAUAAUUUGAGGAGUCCAAGUUUUAAGAGCAUAAGUGGAUCACAUUUUGGAUUGGAACAACAGUCUAACUAUUCUUCUUGCUGUACUGAUAGCCUUGGCGGAGAGAUCUCCCCAUCUUCAACUAGUGAUCUUAGAAGGUGGUUGAGGUGAUCCUUGGUAAAACUUGAGAAACAGUAACUGCGUAGCUUCUUUGCCUAAUGUGCUUUCAUCAGUUUUAUAGAGGGAAGAGGGGUGGCUAUUCGGCUAGCUAAUCGGGUGAUUAAAGUGUGUUCAUUGUUGAUUUUGUUUUCUUUCCUCAAUUUUUGUUUAAAAUGGAAUCUAUAAGUGAGGCAAAUGUGAUGACCUCCUCACUGGGUUCUUAUUUCAGAAGAUUCAUAACCAAAUUGAGUGACUCUUUUGACUAUAUUACUAUAAAGUAAC